ACGGCGUGACGUCAUAAGACUGCGCCGAGCUCCUGCAUCUGUUGUGAUCCUGCUGUAGAAAGGACAAAGUGUUCAAACACACAGAGAAACUCCUGGUGAAGCGACUGAGGUCCACGUUACACACUAUUAUAAAGAUGGAGUUUAUUAAAGAGGAGAUUGAAGAUGUGAAGAUUGAAGAAACAUUCAGAGUCAAACAUGAAGAAACUGAGGAACAAACAGACCUGAUGGCAUUGAAAGAGGAGAGUCAAGAACUGAAUGAAGUAGAAAAGAAAGCCCAGUACGAGAAUCUUAUUACUGAAGAAAAAUCAAUUGGUUGCUCACAGACUGAAAAGACUUCACGAAAAAGAGAAAUUUUCACCUGCCAACAGUGUGGAAAACGUUUCGGCAGAAAAGGACGUCUCAAAUUCCACAUGAGAAUUCACACUGGAGAGAAGCCUUACACCUGCCAAGAGUGUGGAAUGAGUUUCAGUCAAAAAGUAAUCUUUAAAAGGCAUGUUAGAAUUCACACUGAAGUGAAGUCUUUAACCUGCAAACUGUGUGGAAAUAGUUUUACCAAAAAUGGAAGCCUCAAAAGCCACAUGAGAAUUCACACUGGAGAGAGGCCUUACACCUGCCAACAGUGUGGAAAGAGUUUCACUCAAAAAGGACAUCUUAUGAGCCACAUGAGGAUCCACACUGGAGAGAAACCUUUCACCUGCCAACAGUGUGGGAUGAGUUUCACUCAAAAAGAAUAUCUUAAAGGCCACAUGAGAAUUCACACUGGAGAGCAGCCUUACACAUGCCCUCAAUGCGGAAAGAGUUUUACACAAAAAGCAACUUUUAACAACCAUGUGAAAAUUCACACCGGAGAGAAGCCUUUCACCUGCAAACUGUGUGGAAAGAGUUUCAAUCGAAAAGCAAACCUUCAUAACCAUGUGAGAACUCAUACUGGAGAGCAGCCUUUCACAUGCCCUCAAUGUGGGAAGAGUUUUACAUAUAAAACAACUUUUAAUACCCACAUGAGAAUUCAUACUGGAGAGCAGCCUUACACAUGCUCUCAGUGUGGAAGGAGCUUUAGACAAAGAGCAACUUUUAAUGUCCACAUGAGAGUUCACACUGGAGAAAAGCCUUACAUCUGCGAACAGUGUGGAAAACGUUUCGGCAGAAAAGGACGUCUCAAAUUCCACAUGAGAAUUCACACUGGAGAGAAGCCUUACACCUGCCAAGAGUUGAAGUCUUUAACCUGCAAACUGUGUGGAAACAGUUUUACCAAAAAUGGAAGCCUCAAAAGCCACAUGAGAAUUCACACUGGAGAGAGGCCUUACACCUGCCAACAGUGUGGAAAGAGUUUCACUCAAAAAGGACAUCUUAUGAGCCACAUGAGGAUCCACACUGGAGAGAAACCUUUCACCUGCCAACAGUGUGGGAUGAGUUUCACUCAAAAAGAAUAUCUUAAAGGCCACAUGAAAAUUCACACGGGAGAGAAGCCAUUCACAUGUGAUCAGUGUGGAAAUAGUUUCAAUCGAAAAGCAAGCCUUCAAAGCCACAUGAGAAUUCACACUGGAGAGCAGCCUUACACAUGCCCUCAAUGCGGAAAGAGUUUUACACACAAAGCAACUUUUAAUAACCAUGUGAAAAUUCACACCGGAGAGAAGCCUUUCACCUGCAAACUGUGUGGAAAGAGUUUCAAUCGAAAAGUAAACCUUAAUAACCAUGUGAGAACUCAUACUGGAGAGCAGCCUUUCACAUGCCCUCAAUGUGGGAAGGGUUUUACAUAUAAAACAACUUUUAAUGCCCACAUGAGAAUUCAUACUGGAGAGCAGCCUUACACAUGCUCUCAGUGUGGAAGGAGCUUUAGACAAAGAGCAACUUUUAAUGUCCACAUGAGAACUCACACUGGAGAAAAGCCUUACACAUGCCCUCAGUGUGGAAAGAGCUUCGCUGAAAAAGGAAAGCUUAAAAAACAUAUGAACAUUCACACCGGAGAGAAGCCUUUCAUCUGCCAACAGUGUGGGAAGAGCUUCACAACAGAAAUAAACCUUAGGAAUCACAUGAUCAGUCACACUAGAGAGAAGCUGUUCACAUGUGAUCAGUGUGGAAAGAGUUUCACUCGGAAAGGAACACUUAAUUCCCACAUGAAGAUUCACAGUUAAUUGCGAUCAAUGUAAAUAAAACAAUCUUUGCCAUUACAUUACAUUAUGAAUGGACUUAUUGCACAGGUGGCCACCUAUCACGGUACAACACUUGAAUUCAUUGAGCUCUUGAGAGCAACCCAUUCUUCCACAAAUAUUUGUAGAAGCAGUCUGCAUGCCUAGGUGCUUGAUUUUACACACUUGUGGCAAUGGAAGUGAUUGGAACACCUGAACUCAAUGAUUUGGAGGGGUGUCCCAAUACUUUUGGCAAUAUAGUGUAUGUAUUUGUGUGAAAUUUAGGCUACACUCAAAAAUAACAGGAUCACAUGCAGUGGGUCUGAGGUCACUCUUCGGCUAGAACUAGACUCACAUACGGCCGUUAACAGAAGCCAGUGAUUAUAGUUUAUAAAGUUAUAAAUAUGGACAUUUUUCUUACAAAACCAAAAGGCCUUUAUUAACCCCCUGGAGUGUACAUGUUUGGCCUUAAUGAUAAUUUAAUUUGGGGUAAGAAUUAAAUGAAUUCAGCAUUUUGUACCUGAGUUUGGGUAUCAACUGCACUAGAGCAUUUGAAUGUUUUAAAAAAAAAAUCUGCUGAUGUGUACAUUACUGCUCUAAUUGAAACAUAAUUAUAAAAUUGUAUGAAGAAAUCACAGGGAUAGUUCACACAAAUAUGAAAAUUCUGUCAAUACAUAUUAUGACAAUGACAUAGUCUAUAUUGGUUCAGUAGGAGGGGUAAAUCCUGUCCAAAAAACGAUUAAACCAUUGAUUUUAAUUUACUGAAGUAAUGUCUGGGAAGUGUCCAUCUGUACUUGUUUUUUGGCAAUGUAAUGUCUCUUCUUUUUCUCAUUUUACUUAUAGAAUAGGUUAAACUGUUCAUAAUGGAUGUGUAACUGUAAAUAAAUUAUUGAACCAAUUGUUUGAA